AUGUCGUCAGGAACAGACGUCACGAUCGCCAGUGCAGCAUAUAUUGUUAUGCAUACAAUAAUAAAAAGAAGAAAAAGGGGAAGAAAUCAAGAUAGACGAUGGUGGAUCACUCAGCUGUAUAAAAAUAGAGCAACAUCUAGUGGUGGAAAUCUACUUAGCGAUUUACAGCUAGAAACUGGUGGACAUUUCAAAAACUUCGUGCGAAUGUCAUCGGAAGACUUUGAAUUUUUGAUAAACGCUAUCGGUCCCAAAAUACAGAAAAACGACACUAGAUUCAGGAAAGCUGUGACGGCGAAAGAGCGAUUAGCUAUAACGCUACGUUUUUUAGCAACGGGAGAUUCUUAUACGGGUCUUCAGAAUCUCUUUAAAGUGUCAAAACAAUUAAUAUCAACAAUUGUUCCGGAAGUAUGUCAAGCGCUUGUUGAAAUUUUAAAAGAACAUGUAAAGAUGCCAUCAACGCCAAAUGGUUGGUUAGCAAUUUCGCAAAAAUUUGAAGACUUAUGGAAUUUCCCACAUUGCAUAGGAUCAAUGGGUGAAAAGCACGUGGUAUUGCAGGCACCUUCCAACAAUGGGAGCGAGUUUUACAAUUCUAAAUCGCAAUUCAAUAUUGUCUUAUUUGCCUUAGUUGAUGCUGAAUAUAAUUUCAUGUAUGUCGAUGUAGGAUGUCAGGGUCGAAUUUCGGACGGCGGAGAUUUAAAAAAUUGCGAUUUAUCGAAAAAAAUACAUACAAACACUUUAGGGUUGCCAGAAAAAUCGGUCUUGCCAAAUAGGACUAAAGAAAUACCAUACGUAUUUCUUGGUGACGAGACAUUUGCUCUAAGCGAAAAUUUAAUGAAACCUUUCUUCUCUGGUGCUUAUAAUAAGAAAUCAGCCGAAAGGAUUUUUAACUAUCGACUCAGCAGAGCUCGACGAGUACUUGAAAAUGUGUUUGGAAUUUCUUCGGCAGUAUUUCGAGUAUUGAGAAAACCAAUGUUAUUGGAGCCGAAAAAAGUGCAAUUAAUUGGACUUUUGACUCAGAACAAAAUGGAGUAUUCGUCGAAGGUAAUUGGAGACAAGAAACAAAUCCAAAUUCACUAA